AUGAUUGCCACCAUCGCUGGCCUCGGCCUCGCCGGCCUCGCCGCCGCCGCGCCGACCACCACCAACCCCCUCUACCCCGAGACCUCCAGCUCGACCGGCUUCAACCUGGUGCUCAAUGUUACGGACCCCAGCUGGGACCUCGACCCCCCGGUGCACGGCACCUUUGUCACUUCCAUCCACGUCGGCCCUGCGCUCAACUACGUCGGGCAGACUUCUGCCUCCUCCGGACGCCUCUUCUACGUCAACGGCACCGCCACCGACGUGCGCUACGGCAACUCCGACACUAUCUCCGACGGCGGCACCCCGCCCUUCCCCGAAGUGCUCUCGCUCCUCCCUGACCAGGGCUCCGCCACGCUAUCGACCGUCUUCCUCAACGCCGGCAACGCUGCCGGUGAUGGCCGUGACUACCGCACGGGCAUCACGGGCUUCCCUAACCCCAUCCCGGAGCUUUACCCGGUGACGUACGUGGCCUGCCGCGAGCCACUCGCGUACUACGGCGGCAAGGAGUUUGUCAUCAUCAAGCAGGCGAAGACGACGGUCAGCGAGGGCGGGCAAGUCGAGCGCAACAUCCCGGACGGUUGCGCGCCGCUCAGUCUGCUUCCGCAGUGCGCUGAGCUGAAUGAGCUUCCGGCCGGUUCGCUGUCGAGCCACGAUUUCGCCGCCACGACGCGCUGCUACACAGACGUCAACUCGAUUGACUGGCCUAAGUACCACGCCUACUAA